UCCGCAGUCUCUGGUCAUCUCCUGUACUGUGUCCGCAGACUCUGGUCAUCUCCUGUACUAUGUCCGCAGCCUCUGGGCAUCUCCUGUACUAUGUCCGUGAUUUAGUUACGGACUCAAUCGUCCAGUGCUUAUCUGUUCCUGUCCUAAUUUUAUCCGCAGUCUCUAGUCAUCUCCUGUACUAUGUCUGCAGUCUCUGGUCAUCUCCUGUACUAUGUCCGCAGUCUCUGGUCAUCUCCUGUACUAUGUCCGCAGUCUCUGGUCAUCUCCUGUACUAUGUCCGCAGUCUCUGGUCAUCUCCUGUAGUAUGUCCGCAGUCUCUGGUCAUCUCCUGUACUAUGUCCACAGUCUCUGGUCAUCUCCUGUACUAUUUCCACAGUCUCUGGUCAUCUCCUGUAGUAUGUCCGCAGUCUCUGGUCAUCUCC